CAGAUGUAAACAAGCACUGAUCAAGAUAAACAGACAUGGCAACCCCAGUGCCUGCUGCCGAUAAAGUGUUGCCCAGACCUUUAGUGCAGGUCGAGUCCUCAUUCUCCACAGACCAUCCUCAACAGCAAUCAAAACGUGCAACUAAGACUCCAUCUCAGACAAGUCAGGGGCCUAAAGAAACAGUACUGUUGAGACAAGCAAUGCCAAAAUACAAUUUCCAAAGCAAAAAACCAACAGCAGUAGUGAUGUCAACAUCUAGCCUCCCCAGUCCAGAGUCGCUGGACCAAAGCAUUAAAAAGACAGCCAGUCCGCCUGUAGUCAAACCUGUGAGUAAGGUAGACCCUUUACCAGGAACAGUGGAACAGACUACCUUACCUCAGAACUGUGACCAGCUGAUGAAGGUUCAUUCCUUAGAGUGUCUCCCUUUUCCUGACCCAAUAGGGAGCCAAAUAGCAUCCCUUCAAAACCAAAAUUGUGAGCUAAAAGAUGAAAAUGGAAGAUUGAAAAAAGAAAUGGAGAACAUGAAGAGACAACUUGAUGUUCAGUUUCAGGUGAAUUCUGAGCUGAAGAAACUACUAGUUGCUUCUGUGGGAGAUGACUUACAAUUCAGAGUGGAGAACCUAGCCAGGGACAGAGCACAGCUUUCCACAGAGAUUGGCACAUUCGCUAGAAGACGUACAGAGGAUUACGAACACAUUGACAAGGUGUCUAUUCAAGCCGAUAUGUGGAGGAGCAAGUUCCUUGCCAGCAGGGUGAUGAUUGACGAGCUAGCUUCCUCAAAGGCCUACCUGUCCAUGUUGUGUGAAGAGUCACAGAGUACACUCCAACAGGUGUUGAAUGAGCGUUAUGAAAUACGCUCCAACCUUAUGGAAACAUACAAGACUCUGCAGCAGAUUAAGUCAGCAUUUGACCCACUGAACUCCCAGCAGUCAAUGGGGGUGGCUUCUACCAAUAGCCUGGACCUUGCACGCGUGAACUUGAGGCUGACUGAAGCCAUCCGUUAUCGACUACUGCCAAGCCAUGUUGCUUUGGAUACUGUUGUAAACAUUGACCAAUGGACGAACAGCCUCACUCUCGCCGAGUCACGUGCCCAUGAGUUCCUGUCCAAGAAAACUGACCCAGAAGAUAUUCAGAAGCACAUAGCCAGUGCUCUUCGGGAUCCUGCCAUCAAUAUCAUUGACCGCUUCCACCCUUUCACCCGCUUUGACAACCUCACUCUGAACUGUUGUGUAAAGUGUCAGGGUGAAAUGUUUGCUGUAUGAAAACUUAAAAAAGGGGAAUAUGACUAUUGUUUUGAGUUCAAAGGUUGUCAUUCUUUUUCUUUUUGGAUCUUCCAUAAAUAACACGGGAGUUUUCCUCUUGGUCAACUAUAAACAGAGAUGGACAAUGGACAGCCGUCAUGGAUUUGUAUAUUAAAGACACGGUUCCGAGUGGUCGCAAAAUAGGAAUGACUCACUGAUGGCUAUCUAAGAUUUUUUUUUUUAAUGUUUAGCAUUGCUUUUUCUCAUAAGUCACUGGAAGGAUUUUUACUCAAACAAGAAUACUCACUAAGCAUGAUAUGACUGUAGUUUUGUCUCUGACAUCAGGGCUUUGUAAUUAAGUGGGAAAGUUCCCUAUGAUUUUGAUAGUUAUUGCAACAAGUUUUAUCCUUCAACUGGCACUGCCAUUGUCGGAAUACACCUGCCACAUAUAUUUUUCUGUAUUUGUCAGUGACAGAAAACUGCUGUAUUUAGCUUGUGCCGUAAUUCGACAGAAUUACUGUCUGGAUUUACUUAGAUAUUAAGUUUAUAAAUAUAAACAGUUGUUGAAAUAAAUUCAUAAGAUCGCUGUUAUGUCAGAUGAAGUUUGGAACUAUAUUUCAGUGCAGAGAAAUUACUUUGGCGUCAGUUUUCAGGCAAAAUUCAGCGGAACAUCAAUAUCAGAUAAACACAAGAUUGAACAAGAAAACUGUUUAGUUUCAAUAGUCUGACUUAUACUCAGUGUUGCAAGAUACAUUGCUAGUUCCUUAAAGUAUAAGCUGUAUUUUGGACGGUGACAGACAAAAGUGGCGAGAUAUUUUAAGGCACAGUAUUCACUAUUUUUGUUACACGACAUAAACUUUAUAUAACAUACUUAGGAAAUCGUAAUAAAAUUGGUGAAUAAAACUCUAAUCUAUAUUUGUCUCACUGAAAAAAUCAUCCAUUUUAUUUUUUUCAUAUCUCAAGAUCCAAAAUAUGUAAUUUGUGAAAAUUUAAUUUUGAGUGAAAAAUCACAAAAAUAAGUUACAAUACAGUAUUUUUGUAUGGGGGAAAUUUAAGUAACAGUCUGGUACUGCUGUCCGUAUGUUAAACCAUGAUCUCAACACAUGGGACAUUGGUUUCAUAGUUUUUUAUUGUCUAUCAUGCAAACUAUUGAUACAUAUAAGAGUGAGACACUACCUCAAUUUUUCCAGUUUCAAAUUCAUUGGAAUUGUAAAUAUUUUGUAUAUAUAUUUUUAUAAAACACCUGUAUAUUCAUUGUGCCAUUUUUUAUGAAGUUAUACCACAUGCAUACAAUAAAAGGUAUGCUGGAUUGGCCUUACUAGUAUGUUUGUUUGGUUAUUCUCUGUGAUAUGUGAUUUUAACCAAAGUUAACGUCGGCUUGAAAAUUUGGGUCCCAGUCCCAGCAUGGGCUAUAAUAAAAUCUCCAUUGAGAUCAAAUUUUUAAUUUUCCUUCUAAAAUCAUUCCAGUUUUAAAAACAUUACAAAUACACAGAAUAGACUGGAGAUAUUAGAAACUAUAGGUCUGAUUUAUAUCAAUUGUGUAAAAAGUUACAUUUUUGUAAAUGUUGUACCAGAGGAGGGAGUCACAAACAUGUUUACACAUGUUGUUUACACGACAGACAUUUUUUACACGUUAUCAAGUUUACAUCUAUUUUUGUGAUAAACAAGUCCACAUAUCUUCCAGUGAUGAAGACUUUUUCACCUUCAUGCUUAAACAUCCCAUGUAUUUUGACAUGAUUACGAUAUUUGUUGUUCUUAAAACGUAUCUGAACAUGUUUUAAUGUUUAUUGAUAAUGUAUAUAGAAUGGUAUGAUAACAAUAUUUAUAUAAUUGUAUGUUCCUACUUGUCACAUGUUUAAAGGCGUCAUGAUGUUGAUGUGUUCCAUAAGGUACAGUUGUUACCCAGUAUAGUGUGUACAAUGUUACAAUGAUCCUACUUGUCACAUGUUUAAAGGCGUCAUGAUGUUGAUGUGUUCCAUAAAGUACAGAUGUUACCCAGUAUAGUGUGUACAAUGUUACAAUGAUCCUGCUUGUCACAUGUUUAAAGGCGUCAUGAUGUUGAUGUGCUCUAUAAGAUACAGAUGUUACCCAGUAUAGUGUGUACAAUGUUACAAUGAUCCUACUUGUCACAUGUUUGAUAAGGCGUCAUGAUGUUGAUGUGCUCUGUAAGGUACAGAUGUUACCCAGUAUAGUGUGUACAAUGUUACAGUGAUGUUUUCAGCAUUAAUACCUUAACAUCUCAAAGUACAAAAUUUAUCGUUUACAUUUUACUUUCUUUCUAAACAUAAUAAACUAUCGUUCUUCAGAACAUCACAGCAAUCCUCAAAACACAGACAAGGGAAUGGUCCAUGUCUAAGGAAGUUUAGCAUACGGAAAAUGUCAAGGUCACUGGGAUUGAAACUGUUAUGUAAAUUCCAAGCAUCUGCAAUGGGGAGGAGGCAGAUUUCUGAACAAAACAUAGCAUUGAUGAAUCCUUUUGUAUUUGAAGUAACAAGCAUCAUUUUGAAAAUAUUUCAGCAUGGAUAUUAUAUCUAUAUAUAUUGAAGAUUUUAAGACUAUGAGAAUAAUAUAUUGACAUACUUACAAGAUGUAUAUAUUUGCUGCCGUUGUUAAUGUUUAACUACAGCUUGUUACCAAUAAGACCUUUGUAUUAAUAUAUCUAGUCAAAUAAAGGAC